AUGAGAAUAGGGAGUACUAUUACUCUAUUAGUGAGUACUAGUUAUGUCUUGGGGGCGAUAGAUGUACGGGCUUGUUUGUCAAUGGGGGGAGUAAUGGGACUGAAUGGGAUUUGUCAUUUAUAUAGGGAGAAGUUAGGGAGUAGGCAGCCAUGGAUGGUUGGUCAGAAUAUGCCUGCGGUAAGGCUGUUGCCUCGACCGGUCUUUGUGCCUUUGGAUCGGCCGCAAUUAUGGCCGAGUAUGUUAGGGGGACUGACUAGGCUUGGUAUAGGUCCGGGUCGAAUAGAAGGUCUUUUGGCUAAUGCUAAUAGAUUAGGUUAUGUUGGUAAUACUAAUGGUAAUGUUGGUGUUGGUGUUGGUGUUGGUUUAGGUAGUAAUGGGAGUAUUAUUUGUCCUCCUCCAAUGAAUGGAGUGCCUAAUGUAGUGCCUAGUGUUACACCUAAUAAUGCAGUGCCUAAUGUAGUGCCUAGUAAUGUAGUGCCGAGUGUGGCCGUAGGGGCAGGAGUUAGUAGUAAUGUAGUGCCUAGUGCCAUACCUAAUGUGAGUGUGGGGAGUAUUGGGAAUAUUGGAAGUGGGAGUGGGAGUGGAAUAGUGAGUGGUGGGCCAGUAAGUACGAGUAGUGUAGUGGUGGUGAUGCCGACUAGGCGGGUGGGUGAUAGAGUUGUUAGUAUGAUAAGUAAUAGUGUGGGUAGUGAUGGAGUGAUUCGGCGUCGCGUGCAUGAAGAGACUCGGGUGGUGGGUUUAGGACCUGAGGCUCAGGAAAUUGUGAUAACAAUUGGUAGUACAGAUAAGAAAGGACAGAUGGUUCAUGAUGCUAUUUCUAAGAGUAUAGUGGUGGAUAACAAACCUAAUCGAGUUCUAACUAAGAAAGAAGCUAAACAGGCUGAGAAAGAAGAGAAGAAACGGCUUAAAAGAGAAAAGAAGAUUAGUAAGAAAGUUGAUGCGAAAUUUGAAAAGUUAGAUAAGAUUUUAGGCCCGGCAGGAAAAGAUCCAAAUAGUCCGACUGGUAAAUCUAGUUUGGCGGUGGCUGAGAGUGAUCGAUUACGUGCUGCUAUUCGAGAAGAACUCCGUAAGAAUGAAGAGGCUAAGCAAGAUGAGAAGAGGAAGAAUAAGAAGCGAUGGUAUAUGCCUUGGAAGAAGAGUUCUGAUGAUAGUGUUGAUGAUGUGAUAAGAGAUAGUAGAACAAGAAGAGAUCUUGAUGAGUUACGAGAUAGAGAAACUUAUAGACAUGGUGAUGCGGGAUAUGAUUAUGAUUAUGGUCAUGGUCAUGUGCGGGAUAUUGAGGGGCGACGGUUUAAUGAGGAGUUUGAUGGGGACAAUCUUGCUUCGGAUAAACCGGCUUCGAAAUGGCCGCGACUUAGUAACUUAGCUAGGAAGACUAAGCGGAAAUUAGGAUUUGGGAAGAAGAGACUGGAAGAGUCUGAACUUGAGGAGCCUUAUGACUCGCAUUACCAAACACCUGCUUAUGAACCAUAUGCUUCACAUUCUUCAUUAUACCCGCCGGAGACUUCGGCAUAUCCGGCUUAUGCCAGCCCGGCACCUGUUAAGAAGAAGAAGAAGUGGUUCCGCUCGCCUUUUAGUCGGUCGCGGAAGUCGCAAGCACCUCCGGUUAUUGCUCAACCACGACGAGUUCUAGUGGCUACUGAUGGCCAAUACCCGUCUUAUGAUGAGAGUAUUCAUCCUGAUCCUAAUGCACAGACUCUUGAUCACAUUCAGCAUGAACUUCAUCGGAUCAAUGAGACUCUCUCUAUUCCCUCCCAGCCGAAACGGACUACAACGAUUCUGCAGCCGGUCUCUGUGGUUGAGAGUGCACCUCCUCUUGUGACCAUUAAGCAGCCGCAGCCUCGCCAGCAAUACCAGCCGGUUCAUGCAUACCCUGCUCCAGUCUACUAUACUGAAGAACCAUCCGGCGGCAUACCCAGCACAAGCUCCAAUGGUGUUGUAUAUCUUCGGCCUAGCAACCUUUCUGAUUAG